AUGCGGAAGUCGAUGUUGAUAGAAGCGAUGGGGAAUUACUGGUUGGGAGUGGAUUUCAAGGAUCCAUAUCGGUUCCAGAUGAAGAAAGAGGACGGACCCACCAACAGCAUCACUUCUUAUACCUUUUUCACCAGGGAUGAAAGAAGGUUUCCGCUUCCGGUCACCCUCAUUGAUACACCGGGUUUUCAAAAAGGGACAAUAGAGCUGGACCUGCAGUUGAUGGAAGACAUCCGCACUUUCGCCCAAGAAAUGGAAAUCCACGCCGUCGGUUUCGUCGUCCCUGGAUCUCAGGGUAGAUUGACGGCAGAGCAGAAGGUGGUGCUGGAGAACAUGAACAAAGUCUUAGGAGAAAAGACUGAGAUGUAUUUGUUUUGUACCUUCGCGGACGGGAAACGCCUCCCCGUCCUAGAAUCCGUGGUAGAAGCCGGACUAAAAUACAAGAAAUAUUUCGCCGUCAACAGCUCUGCCUACUUCGUCAAGGAGGAAGAAGAGGCACCUUCCACAGACGAUGACGAGGUGAAUGACGAGGUGGAAAAGGAAGGAACGAAAACGAAGUCCAUCAAUGAACUGCUAUGGCAGAUGACAACGGAUAGCAUCCAAGGAUUCAUCAGGGAUAUUCAGGCCCCAGGACGCCUUCGGUCAAGAGAAAAUAAAAAGGAAAAACACGAGGAGAAGUCUGGGAGACCUGCAGGUGAGGAGAGAGAGAAUCUAUUGAAGGAAGAAAGGAACAAUGAGGGAUCCACUCGUCCCAAUGGAGGGGAACCAGUUCAGGAAAAUGGAAACAGUCGUAGCUCCGGAGAAAUUUCGAAAGAAGAUUCAAAAAAACAAUUCCAUGAAAAUUUGAAAAUAAUUAGCCUGAAGGUCGAAGGAAAUGGCCACCCGACACUCCUUCUCCCAUUCACCUCAACUGCAGCUGAUGGAUUCCGAUUGGGCGAGGAUCAACAAGGCAGAAAUAGUCUGAAUGUUCUCUUCCUCGGCUUCACUGGAUCAGGGAAGUCGACGUUGGCGGAAGCAAUGAAGCAUUACCUACUCGGAGUGGACUUCCAGGAUUCCCAUCAUAACCAAGAGCAAAUCAGGCCUACGAAUACAAUCACCCUUUACAACUGUCGCUUUACUGACGAACGAAGGUUUUCUUGGAAAGUCACCCUCAUCGAUACCCCAGGAUUCCAUAGAGAAACGCCUGUAGAGCAGAAAAAAUUCGUGAAUGAUGUCUGCGCUUCUAUGAAAUCCAACCAUGAAGUGAACAUCCACGCCAUCGUCUACGGGAAAUUUACGGCGCAGGAGAAGUUGUUGCUGGGAAGCAUCACCAAAGUCUUUGGACGUGAGAAUGAGAGGACCCAGAUGACCUAUUUAUUCUAUACAUUCGCAGACAACAAUCCGUUACCCGCCCAAGAAUCCGUGAAGGAGGCCGGAUUGACCUAUAAUAAGCAUUUCCCCGUUAAUAGCUACGCCUACCUUGCCAAAGAGGAAAACGGUCCUUCCAUCGAUAAAAAUGAGAAAAUGAGGAAGGAUGCAAAAUCCAUCAAUGAAUUAUUGAGGAAGAUCACAACGGAUAGCUUUCAGCGGUUUUUCGACGACGUUCUGAGUCCGCCCAUUGAAGCCCUGAGCCUCAUUCCCUCG